UCUAGACUUAGGUCUUCUAUGUAAACACCAUGAACAAACCAUGACAACACUCUCUUUGUCUCUCUCUAUCUAUAUAAAACACCCAAUUGGGUCAUUUGCUCCAAUCAUUUCUCCCCUAAGCGAAUAAAAAAUUGAUGGUCUGAUCUGAUCGGAGGGAGCAGAGCGAAUCGGAGUGCGAAAUUCCGACCAAGUUGAACAAUACGGUUGAUAUAUGGUAGCCGAGAUAGUUCGCGAUUGUGAAUUGGAAAAAAUGGUAGCGGUGAGGUUUCAGAGAGUGGCGGCGGCGUUCGACGAGGUGGCGCGGGUGAGGCUGUGCGAGAGCAGCGGAAGCGAGUACUCCGCGGCCGGGGAGAGUUUUGGGGAGUUGUCGGAUCUUGUCAAGUCCUUCAUCGAGAGAGGGGAUUGGGGAGAAGGCGGUGGCCACCGAGACGGCGUACGGAACGAGAACGAGCACUUAGUCGAUGAAGACUCAGAGGGCGGUGAUUGGUCGGAUUCGGAGACGAAGAAUUCUCUGGAGAGAUUGUUUGAUGUGAAGGGUCAUGAUUUAAAGAAGACGAUUGCUGAUGAGGUGGAAGUUGCUUUGGCGGCAUUGGGGACGACAAGUCGUCCCGGGCGUUCAAAAGGAGGUUGAUGACUCACCUGCGCCACAAGGGUUUUGAUGCUGGCCUUUGCAAAUCAAAGUGGGUGAAAUCGAGCCGGUUUCCAGCAGGGGACCACGAGUUUGUCGAUGUCAACCUCAAUGGAACUCGUUACGUUGUGGAACCAUUCCUUGUUGGACAGUUCGAAAUUGCUCGUCCCACGACGCGUUACACAUCGCUCCUCGAAGUUUUUCCAAACACAUUCGUCGGAGAAGUCGAUGAGCUGAAGAAAAUCGUGAGGCUAAUGUGCACGGCAAUAAAAAAAUCUAUGAAGAGCGUGGACAUGCCAAUGCCGCCAUGGCGGCGGAAUGGAUACAUGCAGGCCAAAUGGUUUGAAUCUUACAACCGCACAACUACUUCAGUAACACCGUCAGCCGCCGCCAAAGCGGCAUAAAUCAAACCAUGGAUUUGGAGGUGUCAAGAAAUCAAUGGGGCUUAGAUUAUAAUUUUGGUGUUACGGGCCUAAUCCCUAAUGGCCUUGUUGCAGCUGUAAAAUACCCAUCUCAGUUUUCAUUAGAGAAAAUUUAUGUAAAAUAUCCAUAAAUAUUUAUUUAUUGAUUAAAAUAGAUUGCAAGAUAAAUUCGA